AUGGAUCGGCAAUCAGUGUACACGCUCAGCUUGUUUGGAGAGGAUCGGGCAUCCAACGGAGGUCAAGCAUCGGUCAAGCAGAUACAACAGGAGCUCGUUGACUUCAUACUCGACUUCCACCUGGACAAUGUCUUCAUAUACCGCGACCAAAUACGAGAGAAUGUGCUGUCGAAGCAAUACUACUGCGACGUUGACAUUGCACACCUCAUCGCCUUCAACGAGCACCUGGCACAGCGACUGAACAAUGAGCCCGCAGACAUCAUCCCGAUAUUCGAAGCAGCCCUCAAAACAUGCACACAACGCAUCCUCUACCCCUCGCGCAGCGAAGACGAUCUGCGCUCCUCGAAAUCCCUCCCCGAACACCAACUCCUCAUCCAUUCCUCCGUCUCGCAGACUUCAAUCCGAGGCUUGACAGCAACGAAUGUCUCACACCUCGUCCGCAUACCCGGCAUUGUCAUCGGUGCCAGUACUCUCAGCAGCAAAGCCACAAGCGUGCACAUCGAAUGCAGAAACUGCCAGUACUCCACAAACCUCGCUGUAUCGAGUGGCUUUACAGGCCUCACACUCCCACGAACAUGUGGUAGGGAAAAAGUUCCCGGAGAUGCCGGGGAGAAGUGUCCACUGGAUCCAUACUACGUCGUACACGAAAAAAGUCAAUUCAUCGACCAGCAGGUGCUAAAGCUACAAGAGGCCCCAGACGACGUCCCCGUCGGCGAACUGCCACGCCAUAUUCUCGUCUCAGCCGAUCGCUACCUAGCGAAUCGCGUUGUCCCCGGCUCUCGCUGCGUAGUGAUGGGCGUCUUCAGCAUCUACCAGAGCCAAAAGAACAGCAAAGGAAGUGGCGCAGUGGCCAUCCGCAACCCCUACCUCCGCGCCGUCGGUAUCCAGACAGAUCUAAGCCACGAUAUGGCUGGCGGAGCUGGCAUGCACUUCAGUGAGGAAGAAGAGCAAGAGUUUCUCGAAAUGUCUCGGCGACCGGAUCUGUAUAGUCUUUUCGCUUCGUGCAUUGCUCCAUCCAUCUAUGGAAACGCAGAUAUCAAGAAAGCUAUCACAUGUCUACUAAUGGGCGGCAGCAAAAAGAUCUUACCAGAUGGCAUGAGACUAAGAGGCGACAUCAAUGUCCUCCUGCUCGGCGAUCCAGGAACUGCCAAAUCCCAACUUCUGAAGUUCGUCGAGAAAGUGUCGCCUAUAGCAAUCUACACUUCGGGCAAAGGUUCCAGUGCGGCUGGCCUCACAGCAUCCGUGCAGCGCGAUACCACGACGCGGGAGUUCUAUCUCGAAGGUGGUGCCAUGGUUCUCGCAGAUGGUGGUGUGGUCUGCAUCGACGAGUUCGACAAAAUGCGGGAUGAAGACCGUGUAGCAAUCCACGAGGCGAUGGAACAGCAAACAAUCUCCAUCGCCAAAGCCGGCAUCACCACCAUCUUGAACGCCAGGACGUCGGUUCUGGCCGCCGCUAACCCGGUGUUCGGACGAUACGACGACAUGAAGUCUCCAGGCGAGAACAUCGAUUUCCAAACCACCAUCUUAUCCCGUUUCGACCUCAUCUUCAUCGUCCGCGACGAUCACGACCGCGCCCGCGACGAAAGAAUCGCAAAGCAUGUCAUGGGGAUCCACAUGGGAGGCCAGGGCCUCGCCUCCGACCAAGCGGAAGCCGAGAUCUCAGUGGAGAAAAUGAAGCGAUACAUCUCCUACGCCAAAACGCGAUGUGCGCCACGGAUGUCUCCCGAAGCGGCGGAGAAACUAUCUUCGCAUUUCGUUUCCAUCAGAAGGCAAGUUGCUAGGGCGGAGGCGGAUGCGAAUCAGAGGUCGAGUAUCCCUAUUACGGUAAGGCAGUUGGAGUCGCUUGUAAGAAUCACGGAGAGUUUGGCCAAGAUUGAGUUGCAGGCUGUGGCGACGGAGAGGCAUGUUGAUGAGGCUAUACGACUUUUCCUUGGGUCGACUAUGGAUGCUGUUAUGAGUGCUGGUGGGGACACGAGUGCGGCGGGGUUGUCGGGAAAUAGGGAGAUGGUGGAGGAGGUGCAUAAGGUUGAGGAGGAAUUGAGGAGGCGGUAUGACGUGCCCCUACUAUCUAUUCGAAGGAGUUACGCUGACUUGACUGCUCUCAGGUUGCCGAUCGGCUAUACAUCCUCCCUACAAACUCUUCGGCGCGAGUUCGUGGAAAGGAAGGGGUAUAGUGAGCAAUCACUCCAUCGCGCCCUGCAAGUCCUGUCGAGGAGGGAGAGUGUGCAAUUCCGACGAGGAGGUGCGCUGGUGCAUAGGAGUGGUGUCUGA